AUGGCAGAUGAUGAGCCUUGUAUUACGGUUGUGGAUGUGUAUGAUACUGCUUCGUCGAUAGGCAAAGAAUUCGAACGGAUUAUAGAUCUCUAUGGUGCGGACGCAGUCACAGGCUUGAUGCCCAAAGUGAUUCGGACAUUGGAACAGUUAGAAUUUUUAGCCAAUAAACAUGAAAAGGAAAAUGCUGAUAUAGCAGAUUUGCAGUUUACAAUAGAAAGGUUGGAACAGCAGAAAAAUUCACGAUCUGAAGAAAAAACAAGAUACGAAGGGGAGCUUGAGCAAAUUGAAGAAUCGUGGCGAUCUGAAACGAAAGAUCUCUUAGAAGUCGUUUCCAAACUGCGCGAUGAGAACCACAGAUUAACGACAUUACUACGUGAAAAGCAGGGUGAAUCAGAAAGAAUAGCCAGUAAGGAAAUAGAGUUUGAAGAGGCAGAAGCCAAGAUAUUGGAGAAGUUCAAAGACACGGUUGAUAGACAGAAAGAUCGACUCAGAGUCUUAGAGAGAGAGCUUACUCAGAAAACAGUAGAUCUAGAAGCGCAUCAGUCCCAACUUGAGAGAAUAGCGAAAGUCAACGCAGAAUUACGACGCAAGUGCAAUAUCACACGUUCCCAGGCCUGUCAUCUGAUUGGUGAAAAGGUUGACCUUGAGACAGCUCUUCAGGACAAAGAGAAGCAGAUUGUUUUGAUCAAGGAUACUUUGAGAUGUCAUGGAAGUCUCGAGUCCGAUUCUCCAACUUCCCCAACAUCGCCUACAGCGGAAGAGAUUGAAGAGAAGCUGAAAGACCUGGAAGACAAGUUGGUGAUCGACAAGAAAGACCCGAAUCGACCCCGAUACACACUGAAUGAACUGCGAGAUGUUCUUUUGGAGAGAAAUGAGUUGAAGACCAAGUUGAUUGAGGUCGAGGAGGAACUGGAGUAUUACAAGCCAAGGUCUGAGGAUCCUCCUGUACAGGGCCCAAUCAACAAGGAGCCUGAUGACAAACUUUACCCAGGAAUGAAGAGAGACUCUGGCAUUCGCAAAUUCUUCCAGUUUAUUUUUGGUGAUGGUCAAAAUGACACGAGGCAACGGAAACACAGUACACAAGAGCGCAACCUACCACGAUGACAUCAUCAUACAACAUCUGAGAGUCUCCUUUCAACAUUCGCCAAAUCAGUCUUGUAUGCUGCCACCUAUAAGGACUUCUAGGAACUAACAAAAGAAGCUCUGUAAUGUUUGCGAGAAACUAAUAUGUGGCGUGUCAUGAAAUAAUGCACAGUUGUAAAAUCCUGUUAUAUCUAGGGAUAUUCACAUUCGAUUCAAUGGAAAAUGUAUUUUAGUAAUAAUUAGCAUUGAAAUUGACAAUGACGCUUAUGUGUGCUCAGCGCUUGCUUCUGCUUAUGAUAUACUCCAAUGUUACCAGGAAAGGUUCACUUUGACAUAAUUGUCAUUUUCAGCAUGGUAAUCUCUUUUACUUUUAAAUGAUCAGCUCAAAGUUUGUAAUGGUAGGGUUGAAUGCAUAUAUGUUCAAUGCACAAUAAUUUGUCUAAAAUUAUACAGACAAG